CGCAGUCCGGCAGUGCGACCACAUACGGUGGUGGUGGAGGAGCAGCUGGACGCACUGCGAUGGGACAGCGGCUCACCCCGACCCACUUUCAGCACAACACCCCCGCCAGGGCCGCCAGUAACCCCGGGCUAAUGACUCUACAGGCGGCCUGAAGCUCGCCGCUCCCCGGACUCGGUAAAGUUUUGGUCGGUGUUGUGAGGGUGGAGUUAGGCCGGGAGUUGGACCGGGUUUAGGGCUGGCGGGCGGGGGCAGCUAGCGUUCGGCUAACUCUGAGAACCAUGGAGGACUUCGGGUCCGGAUCCGCGCUGGAGAAGAACGUGGCCGAUCUGACCGUGAUGGACGUGUACGAUAUCGCGGCCGUGGUGGGUCAGGAGUUCGAGCGGAUUAUAGACCAGUACGGCUGCGAGGCUCUAUCCAGACUUAUGCCUAAAGUAGUCCGGGUUCUGGAGAUCCUGGAGGUUCUGGUGAGCCGGAACAGCAUCAGCCCGGAGACCGAGGAGCUGCGGCUGGAGCUGGAUAAACUCCGGCUGGAGCGGAUGGACCGGAUGGAGAAGGAGAGAAAGCACAUGAAGGAGCUGGAGUUGGUGGAGGACGUGUGGCGAGGGGAGGCGCAGGAUCUGUUGUCUCAGAUCGCCCAGCUGCAGGAGGAGAACAAGACCCUCCUCAACAACCUGUCCGUCAAAGACUGCUCAAUGACCGAGGAGGACAUUCAGAGACAGGAAGGUAUGUCAGAAAGGGAAAGGCAAGUGAUGAAGAAGCUGAAGGAGGUGGUGGACAAACAAAGGGAUGAGAUUCGUGCCAAGGAUCGAGAACUGACCCUGAAGAAUGAAGAUAUUGAAGCACUCCAGCAGCAGCAGAACCGACUGAUGAAGAUUAAUCAUGACCUGAGGCAUAAGAUCACGAUGGUGGACGCUCAGGGUAAAGCUCUGAUCGAGCAGAAGGUGGAGCUGGAGGCGUUCGCCCAGGCCCGGCAGCAGGAGCUGGGGAACCUGCGUCAGGAAGUGGCCCGGCUGAGGGAGCGGCUGCAGGGUGAGAACACCAGCAGCGAGGCAGAUGAGCCUGCCGCACCGCCAUCACCUGCACAGAAUUUACUCCCCAAGCCCGUCCUAAGCAGGGGGCGCUCGCUCACCCUCGCCCCUCGUAUCCAACAAGCACCAGCGGACGAGUCUGAGGGUGAGGAGUUCGAGGAGGAUGAGGAGGAGGAGGAAGAGGCUGUGUUGCUAUGGGAGGCGCUGUGUGACGAGGAGGCGGGUCUGGAUCCAAAAGAUCCAAAUCGACCUCGGUUCACCCUGCAGGAGCUGCGAGAUGUUCUGCACGAGAGAAACGAGCUGAAGGCCAAAGUCUUCAUGCUGCAGGAGGAAAUCGCUUAUUAUAAAAGUGAAGAGCAGGAAGAAGAAGCAGGUCCGCCCACUCCAGAUCCCUCCCCUACGCUUAGACCCCGCUCCAGAACCGGCCAACCAGAGUCCGGCAUUAAGCGACUGUUUAACUUCUUCUCGCGGGAUAAGAGGCGCAGCUCCCAGCGGCCGCAUCUGGACGAGAGCUUCGGCUCGUGGGCCGGCAGUGACGGGGUUUACACGGAGCAGGCCCAGGAGGCCUUACAGCACAUGUGACCUGCUGGACAGUGAAGAGCACAAAGGCCCUCUAAUCCCUAACCUGCGCCAUGUGACACACCACACUUACACCCCCCCAUUAUGGUCAACCUGCACAGCCCUGCAUCCUGCGGUCACAGCGGUCAGACGAUAAAGGAAGACUGAUAAAGGGACACAGAAACCGAGCAGCUUCACCGUACAUACAGUUACACAACACUCCCACCCAACACUGACCCCACACAGACUGGGACGUCAGACUUUAUUACUUUCAGUUUUAUUUGAUGUAUUUUGUUUGUUGGAAUGGUUUUAUUUUGGUAUACCAAAUGAAUAAGUUACUGAAUGCUGUAUGGGCCAAACGUAUGUGGACACCUCUCCUAAUUACGGUGGUUAGGAAAAAUCUUAAAGGAACACCUGGAAAAUAUGAAAAUGGGCAGAAAUAUUCUGAAAAUAUUAUAAGGCCGUUGACGAAUUGAGUGCUGGAUGUUUCAGUAAUUUAUAUACGCAUGUUUAUGUCAAAAGUUUCGCCCUUCAACAAAAGUACAGUAGCCAAAACAAGCUGAAAAAUCAUGUUUUGGUGCAUUAUAGGUCCAAACUUUAGUCUCUAUUACUGUACACACCAUGCACAGAUAUGAAUUUUAUUUUUACAGUGUGUACGUAUAGGCAAAAACUUGCAAAUAAAACAUGCAUAAAAUCUGACCUAAACAUUCACAUUUAUGUGGCAUCCUUACUUAUCCAACAUGUAUCUGAUCUAGGGCCACAUAUGGAGGUGACAAGUCAAAUUUGAACAGAUCCAUCUAAGAAAAAAGAUCUAUUUCACAAAAUAGCUAAAUAAUCUAAUCUGAUUCAUUUCAGCCAGGUAAUGUGAACAUAGUCAUAAUCUUAAACUCACUGUGAUGAGUUGGCUGGAGUGGUGUGACCAGAGACAAUGAAGCAGUAACUUCAGUAAGUCUAAUUAGACUAUGUUUCAUUAAAAAUAUCCAUAUAUUUGACGCCACAUAUCAAUAAUGUAUCGCAAUAUCAAUAUUUUGUCCCACCCCUAAUAAGGACAUAAUUUCUAGCCAGAGAUUAAUUGAAGAUUAGCAGUGAAGUCGGUGGAUGGAGGAGGAAUAAUGAUCAGUGCUGUUUAGACCUAGAGCAAUGCCAACUUUAUAAUAACUUAAUUGAUUGACCUUUUUUUGUUUGUUUUGGUAAAAGGGAUUUCCAUCCAACAAGCUCAAGUUUGCAGAGGUGUUCACGUAUGUUUGGCCAUAUUGCCCAAGUAGAAACGGUUCUGUAGAAAGACUUGACACAUUUUUAAAGACGUUUUAAGUCAGAGGAUCUGAGGAGGUCGGGGAAGAAGGGUCAUUUUGAUGUGCCUUGUGUAGCUAUCAUACUGUUUUGAUCAGGGGACUUUUAUUAUGUAUUUGAAAUUCAAAUUGAAUUAUGAAAUGAGGCAAGUGCCUGCUGAAAAGUCAUUUGCUUGUAGUUUUACAUAACUGAGGUGGCAUUUUUACACACCAAUUUAAACACAGGAAGUGUUGAGAAUUUGCACAGUAAUUACGGUGCCUCAAGAGGUCUGGAAUAAAAAGGAUGGCACAAUAUUGUUGUUGGAGAUGUACAGUCGAGUGAUACUGCUCAGCUCCACUGUGGGAAUUAUUUAACAAAGCUUUUUGUGGACUGCAGACUCUCAAGCGUCACCAGCGAACGUCCUGCUCCAGCUUUCUGCGUUCCCGCGACUCGAGUGGUGCUUUCACUGGCAAUAAUAGAAGAAAAGAGUCGACUAGUCAGAGCAUGAACAUGCAGAUUCAGUUACUGCACGUUAGAUAUACUUACGAAAAAGCUGCUUUGUGAGCUCGGAACUCUUGUUUUUUUAUUUACUGUGUUUUAAACAUGAUGCAUCCAAUGUAGCUGUAAAGGGUUUCAGGAUGUGAUAAAGCUGAACAUUCAUGCUACAGGUAUUUACUAAAGGAAAAAAAACAAAACAAAUCCAUGUUGGAUAUUUAUCAGUGCACAGGAAAAUGCUUCAUAAUUUCAUCUCAUUGCUCAUUAAAGUAUUUUAUACAGCG